AUGGCUAGCGAUGGAUCUACCGGAGCCGUCGAUGACGCGCUUUUGACCCUGACCUACGGAUUUAGAGCUCGUCAGCUUCAAUUUUCUGUCAUUUUUACAUCAGGGUUCACCUUCUCAAGCACACGCAAGGAAGAUAUCGAGAUUCACCACCCUAGCUUUGGAGGAGGCGCCUGGCUGGAAGAUUUCAUAGAAUGUUACGAAUUCUGUUACGAGGAUUUCGUGCUUAAAAAACAACAGCCGCUUCACGAUGAGGGGUUCAUCCGCGUGGGUGAUAUCAUAGACCAUCUUUACUGGCAGGUUGAUGCGAUCUCGACAGAGAGACGCAGAACUGAGAUCAAUACCCACGACUCAUUCUUGACCGAUCUCGCUGAGGGACAACCGAUUCAUCGUCGACGCUUAUCGAAGAAAAGGAGCACGCUGCAGAUGAAGUCUCUGGAGAAUGGCGAGCAAGAUCAGGGAGUGGAUUCGCAGGGGGUGACGAUGAUCACCGCCAUGAUUGCGAAGCUUUGA